CGGCUCGCCAUAGCGGCUGCGCGCCCCUCUCCUCCUGCACACCAAUGAAAAAGCACGAAUUGUCUGUUUUCCCCCAAAGUGUCCUCCAUCUUCCAGAAACACACACACAGACACCACCACCAGCAGCAGGAGCUCAUCCAUGCAUUAGCCGGACUGCACUCAUGUGUGUCGGCUGCAGGAGAGACCAACACGGAGGAGACAAAAAAACAUCAUGGCGACCACCUUCAGGUCUCAGACUCUCAGCAAAGAUGAUGUCAACUACAGGAUGCAUUUCCGCAUGAUCAACGAGCAGCAGGUGGAGGACAUCACCAUCCAGUUCUUCUACAAACCGCACACCAUCAGCCUGCUGACCGUCACCGUGCUCAGCCUCAUGUACUUCGCCUUUACGCGAGAUGACGGAGACCCUGACAGUAACCUGCGGGUGGGCCUGAUCCUGCUCGUCUCCUUCUUCCUGGUCAUCAGUGUUCUGGCUUUCCCAAACGGUCCGUUCACCAGGCCUCAUCCAGCAAUAUGGAGAAUAGUGUUCGGUCUGAGCGUUCUCUACUUCCUCUUCCUGGUGUUCAUCAUCUUCCUGAACUGGGAUCAGGUGAAGGCUCUGAUGUUCUGGCUGGAUCCAAACCUGCGCUACGCCAAACGAGAAGCAGACGUCAUGGAGUAUGCGGUGAACUGUCAUGUGAUCACAUGGGAGCGAAUCCUGAGUCACUUCGACAUCUUCGCCUUCAGCCAUUUCUGGGGCUGGGGGAUGAAGGCUCUGCUGAUCCGCAGCUAUGGCCUGUGCUGGACCAUUAGCAUCACCUGGGAGCUCACUGAGGUAAAGCUGUUUACAUUCACCACCAUCAACAUCACAUCCGAAUCGAAUCACGUCCUGAUCACAUCACACCUACAAUCACACCCACAAUCACAUCCGAAGCACAUCACACCCUAA